UAUUUUAGAAUUCUCUUUGUUCUCUUUUACAACCCUAAACCCUCUCCGGUUAUCCCUCUCCAGCAACCGCUGUACGCCGCCUCUUCGGCGGCGAGUUUAGCUGCCAGCAGCUCAUCUUCUGCUCAAAGCUUAUUCCUCUCCAUCUUCUCGGACCUCCAUUGAGAGAUUAAAGCGACCAGAAAAUACAUGUCAUUCAGAGGAAGAGGGGGCGGCCGCGGCCGGGGAGGGCCGCCUAGAGCCAAGCAAAUGCCCUUCGAUCUCUUUCCGGAAGUUGCGAUAGGCGUUGUGAAGUAUUCUGUGGAAGAAGUAAAGAAGUAUUCUCAGUUUGUGACCUGGUCACAGAAUCUGCAGACCUUUUUCGAGACAUCUCCAUACCAUUACCAAGAUAGAAGGUUAACCCUACAGAAAACGCAGAAAGUAGACAUAGAGAGGUACUCGGAUAAGAAAUUGCAGGCAACAACUGUUAAGCAACCACUCCAUCACUUAAUAAUGAUGGACAAAGAUCAUAUGCCUGCAGAACUAGCCAGAGGUGGACAGCAGACUGUCAAGAGAAUCAAGUGGGACAAUGAAAUAGACUUGAACAAACUUGAUCAGUUUGAGAAGCUUGAGGAAAAGCAAAAGGGAACUGAAGAAGAAAACGAAGAGGAAGUAGAAGAGGAGGAGGAAGUAGAAGAUGAAGAAUUUAGUGAUGACAAUGAUUAUACAAAGGGUGAAUACGUUGAUGACGAUGAAGAUGACUUUAACAUGGAGGACGAGGCGAACGAGGAUGAUGCGGGGAUUUUUUGAGUUAGCAUCACAUUGGUCAACAACUUGGCUACAUGUGGUAUAUUUUUCCUUGCAACAUAAGCUCUAAUUUAGACGGGGUUAUACGAUAUGUAUGCGUAGUUUUUUUUUUUUUUUUUUUUGUUUCUUAAAGAGAAAAAAACACCAACCGUUGGUAGGAUUUAGACAUGGUUUUACUUGGAGUUCAUUUUUUUAUGGUGUUCCAGUGAACUUUCUAUUCACUUUCCCACUGAAAAACAAUAAAAUGAGACAGUAAUCGAGUCGUAUGCA